AUGUUGAAAUUCUGCUGCAUCAAAUUUCCGAGGAUGCUGACAGUUGUCUUUAGAAUCUCCGACGGCAGGAUCGCCAGGCAGAAGAUCUCUAUCUCGACCUGCUGGAAAACAUUGUCUGGGGUCCCUGGCCACGACCCCUCUGUAGCACAACCUCGUGUAGCGCUCGUAGAUGAUACUGUGGACAGGGGCCAGAGGGAGGCGAAGUUCGUCCUCAAUCACUUUCUUGGUCGUCAUCUCGAACUCGGCCAACGCCUUCAUGGGGAUGAAGCUGAGGGUCGAGCCGGAGUCCACCACCACCCCACCUGUGUACUCUUUGGGGUUCCUCCAGAAGAGCCAGCGGUUGGUCUUGAGCCAGGUGGAGCCGAUGGCUAUGCGCACCAAGUUCACGUAGUACUUGUCCUCGGCCGACAGUGGGGUCCACGCGCCCCACAGCUGGACGUUGCUCCCUAUGGCGAGCAUGCGUACGAACGGUCGGCUAAGUCCCCGAUGCAGUAUGAGAACUUGGAGGCUCCGUACUGUGAGACGAGGGAUAUGCGGACGUGGCCCAGCCCGAGGAUGCCGUUCAUGUACAGUCCUGUGCGCGCACCCAAAGACGACAUUCUCGACGACCUCCCGGCGGUCCUUGCCGAGCCUGAAUGUUUCCCGACCGAGGUUCCCCUGACUGUAGCCGCUCCCAUACACCACACUGUAACUGCAGCCCUUGACAUUGUAAUUCCUGGCUUGGCAAUCAAUCUUGAUGGCGCCUGA